AUGGUUCCCUGCUGUUUCCUUGUGGCCGUGCUGGCCCCUCUGGUGGUAGCCCUGGAACAGUCUCCAGACAUGGUGAUAAAGGAAGGCCAGUCCGUGAAUCUGGAAUGUUCCCAGAAGAAAUCCUCCAACACAGCUAUGUACUGGUUCAUGCGGCCUUCAGAGAAGAAUUCCAGUUUGACCCUACUGGUUACUGCCAUUGUAGGUGGUAAUGCAGAAGUGGAGAAGGGAUUUGAGAGCCAUUUCAAGAGCAGCGACAUCAAAGGAGACAGUAUCACCCUCACAAUAGAACGUGCCUUUCUCAAUGACUCUGGCACAUACUACUGUGCAGAGAGUGAACACAGUGGCUGGGCCAUUCAGCAAUCACCAGAUACAGUUCUCCGGGUGGGAGACACCGUGACUCUGGAAUGUUCUGGAUCGGGGAAGGUGAUCUGGUCCAUGUCCUGGUACAGGGUACCCAUGGAGAAGGAUGCCGGCAUGCAGCUGGUUGUAUAUUCAGUGGAAGGGAGCAAAGCAGAUAUUGAGGAGGAAUUCAAAAAUCGCUUCCAGAGUGAUGGGACUAAGAACAACCAUUUAUCUGUGAGGAUACAGCAUGUCCUGCUCAAUGACACAGGCACAUAUUUCUGUGCUGAACAAGAUCCACAGUGA